AUGUAUCGAGCUGUUUUCAUCUGGAACACCAAGGACUGGAAAGGCAAAGAGCACAAGUAUCUGAGACAGAACAUAGAGCUGGACCACGCCAAUCUGAUAAAGUGGGCUCCCAACUCCAAGGCGUUAAUCAUCAACAGAGCUACUGAAAAUCAAAUCGAGAUCUAUAAGGUGAACAAGACUGAUACAUGGAUCACCUGUAGUCCUUCUGGCAUCAAGUUCCCAAAGAUACAUGAGGAUGAAACGAUAUCGAUAGGCAUCUCGGUGCGGGGGAAGUACAUGAUGAGCUGUUCUGCCUCCAACCAGCUGACCAUCUGGGAUCUGAAAGGGACUGUACUGGAGACAAUCGACACUUAUCUAAUCAACACCAAUAAAGCCCAGGUGUCGCCGUGUGGCAGAUUUGUGGCUGCCUCUGGUUUCGCUCCCGAUGUGAAAGUGUGGGAGGUGAUCUUCAAGAAGACCGGGGAAUUCAGCAAGGUGUCGCGAGCAUUCGAGUUGAAAGGCCACAGCGCUGGGGUUCAUGACUUUGGAUUCAACUGUGACUCAUCCAAAAUGGCCACCGUGUCCAAAGAUGGCACGUGGAAGGUUUUCAACACCAAAAUUGAGUUCGAGAAAGGGGAAGACCCUCAUCUGAUCCUGACAGGCAGCUGUAAGGCGUUCAAAGGCGACUCAAAGGCAAAGCUAGCAUUUUCCCCCAACGGAGAAGUGGUGGCCAUUGCAUGUAAGAAUGCCCUCGCUCUGUACUCAGCGCUGACUGGAGAAUGUGACGCCGUCAUCGAAGACAUCUAUCAAGGACCGAUCCAUUCGGUGAUGUUCGACGCGGCGAGCGAAUUGCUGCUGACAUCGGGCGAAAAACACGUGAGAGUUUUCCACAACGUAACAGGUCGUCGCACCGCCAUUGCAACUGCCAAGCAGAAACUGCAGUCGUCAGCGAAUUCCGCAGCCACUAAAGAAAGACUGCAAAUCAUUAUCAAGGAGGCUGAACAGUUUCUUGCAAAUCUAGGGGAGAAGCCCUGAAGGCUGAGUGCCGUUUCUAUGCUUUCAUUGCUCCAGCCAGAACUCUGCACUGUUAUACAUCAAGAAAUAAAAUGAGUAUUUAUAAGUUUAUGGAUUGUAAUAAAUGGAUAGAAAAGUAAAGAAAUUAAUAUCAAGAAAUUAAAUGUACUUUCUGUGUACCUAUAGUGAGGUCCACGUUAUAAUGGCGGUGUUUGAUUAUUAUAGUUUGUGUAAAAUAAGUUGUGACUUGGCCCUCCAUCCGAAGAAACU